UAAAUGUGUUAGAAAAACUGUGAUCCGAAAAAUGGGAAAGAAAAAUAAAUCUGGGAAUAAUUCCCUAGGAAGAACAUUAAUUAAGGAUCGUUUCGGUAAAAAACACAGAACUCUUGACAAUGGCUCUAUGUUACAUACUGCUGAUCUGCAAGAUGGAUAUGAUUGGGGAAGACUUAAUUUGCAAUCAGUUACAGAAGAAUCGUCUUUCGAGGAUUUUCUUCGUACAGCCGAAUUAGCUGGAACAGAAUUUCAAGCAGAAAAGUUGAAUAUCAAAUUUAUUAACCCCAAAAGCAAUGUUGGAUUGUUAACAAACCAAGAAAAAGCUAGUAUGAAAGAAAAACAUAUUGCACAUAAAAAAGCCUUGCAGAUACCUCGUAGGCCGCCUUGGUCUAAAGACAUGACGGCCGAAGAAUUAAAAGAGCGCGAGAAUGCAUCAUUUUUAGAAUGGCGGAAAAGUUUAUCACUACUUCAAGAAAACGAAGGAGUUUUAAUGACACCGUAUGAAAAAAAUUUAGACUUUUGGCGUCAGUUGUGGAGAGUUGUAGAACGUUCAGAUGUCAUUUUACAAAUUGUUGAUGCUAGAAAUCCAUUGAUGUUUCGAAAUGAAGACUUAGAAAAAUAUGUCAAAGAAGUAGAUAAUAAUAAGAUGAAUAUCAUUCUCAUCAAUAAAUCAGAUUUUCUUACGAAAGAGCAAAGAGAAUCGUGGGCAACCUAUUUUGAUAGCAUAGGACUUAAGGCUGCUUUUUUUUCUGCAACCGCCGCAACAGAAUCACAAAAUAAAGAACUUGAUAAAGUGAUUGAAGAAAAUGAGGAUUUAGAUUCAGAAAACGAAGAAAAGUCAAAUUUUAAAGAAGUAGUAGCCGAAAAUUUAGAGAAUUGUGGAAAUGAAAACCAAACAAACGAAGAUAAAUCCAAUAGCCAAUCUGAAGAUAAUAAAUUAUUUGAAAAUGUAAGUAUUGAUGCAAUGAAAACGGCAGCUUAUCAUAUUUCGAAAUCACUACAGAAAAUCGAAGAUCAGUUAACUUUAGUUGAAACUAAAUUAAAAGAGGCAGGAAUUUGUGAAGUGAACUCUCCAAAACUUCUAAGCAGGGAAGAACUCAUUCAGUUAUUUAAAACUAUAUAUAAGGGUCCAAAAGUUACAGAAGGUGUGACUACAAUUGGUAUGGUUGGUUAUCCUAAUGUAGGUAAAAGUAGUACAAUAAAUGCCUUACUGACUGAAAAAAAAGUUUCGGUGUCCAGCACCCCAGGAAAAACGAAGCAUUUUCAAACUUUAUAUCUUGACCAUGAUAUACUUUUAUGUGAUUGUCCUGGUCUUGUAAUGCCUAGUUUUGUUUUUACUAAAGCUGAAAUGAUAUUGUGUGGUAUAUUGCCAAUUGAUCAGAUGAGAGAUCAUGUUCCACCUAUAAAUCUUCUAUUAACCGAGAUUCCGGCACAUGUUUUAGAAGAUAAGUAUGGCAUAUUGAUAGCAAAACCACUGGAAGGCGAAGACUCAGAAAGACCUCCUUUUUCUGAAGAGCUAUUAUUAGCUCACGCAUAUAAUAGAGGUUUUAUGACAGCUAAUGGACAACCAGAUCAAUCACGAUCAGCUAGGUACAUUCUAAAGGACUAUGUAAAUGGAAAACUUUUAUAUUGCCACGCUCCACCCACAAUAAACCAAAAUGAAUUUCACAUAUUUCCACCUAGAACGAAAAAAGAAAUUAUUGAAAAUAAAUUACCGGAACAGCAGCAAAGAGCAAUGAGGAUCAAUAAAAUUACAACAGCAAAAGAAUUAGAUGACAAAUUCUUUGCUUCAAAUACGGGAGCAGCUUACAUAAAAGGAAGAAGUAAUUUUCCACAUAUACGUACUACUAGCUCGGAUGUUAAUAGUGAAUGUUCGGGAAGUAUUGCUGGUUCGCAACAAAGCUUAAAUUCUCUACAAUUUGGUGAAAAACCGUGGCGUAAUGUUAAAAAAGAAAAACGUGAAAAAUUGCGAAAGAAAUAUGCAUAUUUAGAUAAACAUUGAAAAAUCUA